AUGGAGUCGCUGACCGAAGACCAGCGCUUACUUUUUGCCGACGCCAUUCGGCGGUCGGAUGAUCAACCGGUGGCACUUAAAAAAAUUGCCAUUUUUGACAUGAUGAAUCUCAAAGCGCGUGAAAAAACACUUAAAGAGGUGCGUUUAGUUCAGUCAAUACGUCAUCCGAACAUUAUACAGUAUCUCGAUGCAUUCGUGCAGAAUAACGAGCUGUGUAUUGCAUUUGAGUGGGCAGAAGCGGGGGAUCUUAAGCGGCAGAUUCGAAAAGCUAAUGAAAAAGGCAUGCGUUUUGAUGAGCGUAUGAUUUGGAGGUACUUUACACAGCUCUGCGGUGCGAUGUUGUACUUGCAUCAGAACCGAAUCAUGCACCGCGACCUGAAACCAGCAAAUAUUUUUUUGACGCUUAAAGGAGUUGUGAAAGUUGGUGACUUUGGGUUGGGUCGAUUUUUAAGCGAAAACACAUUCGAGGCUCGAUCGAAGGUAGGGACACCACUGUAUAUGUCGCCAGAGGUGCUACGAGGUGAAAAUUACGACUGGAAAAGUGAUGUUUGGUCCAUGGGGUGUAUAUUGUAUGAACUCGCGAUGCUGAGAUCACCAUUUAAAGCAGAAGGUUUAGACCUCGUUGGUCUGUUCCAAAAGAUUAGUAAAGGCUACUAUGAGGAAAUUCCGACAAUUUAUAGUCGACAUCUACGCGAUUUGGUUAAACAGAUGAUUUCACUCGCAGCGAUCGACCGACCCAGUGUGCAGGAAGUUUGGGAUCUAUGUCGAGGGAGACCAUCUAGUGCUGCAUUGCAAGGACAAAAGCAGCAGACUGUUUCGUAUACAAAUAACGAUCAUCGGAGCAAAGCUUUAUUAACGCGAUCAACUAGAUUUGAAGGCACCAAAACCAAGUUUACGCCUGCAAGUAAAACUCAGUCACGAUCCUCAUCUUCUGACCAACAACUCGACACCUCGCAUCAACCAAUACCCCCAUUCUCACAAAUGAAUAAUAGCUACGAUUUCAUCAGAAGGCGACAGGCUGAGGCGCGAAUGGAGCUUUUAUUUGAAAAGCUGAAAAUUUUGAAGUAUGAGAUUAUUCUCAAAAAGUCAAUUUCUCCUACACAUUUCGCCUACGAUAGUCAAAAGCCCCCCAAUGUAUCAUCCCAGGAUCGCUUUGAAGAUAUGUGUGUACUCUCUUGUUGGCUCCUUUCUCUUUUAGAAAUAAAGGUAUUUAAAAGCGAUGAAUCACCAAUUGUGAUCACCCAGAAAAUUCUUCUGGCUGCUGUAAAAGCUGGAGUACAGGCCGCAGCCCACUUUGAUGCACCUACCCUGGCCAGGGGGGUGGGGAUUGAAGUGUGUGAGCUUCUAGAUGAACUUGCAGUAGCUGUUAUAGUUGGCAAGUUUUGCUGCACAUCACCACCAAAAUAUCCAAUUGAACCGAUUGAGAUAGUGGAGUCAUGCAAUGAUUCGGACAUAAUGGACGAUGGUGGAUCACAUAGCGAAAGUGGUGACAGGGUUGGCGAGUCAACGGCUUCUAUAUUUGAAGAGAAUGACGAUAAUUUUCCAAACUGGGUGGUGGUUAACGAAGAGCUUCAACAUUUCGAACUCAGUAGGAACGAUAAAUAUGCCAUGAUUUACACUGAUGUAGACCCGGUUGCGUGGAAGUUUGAGCAACGACGUAUGCUCCCAAAGUUACGGGCGGUUCUCAACGAGAAACUACAUCGACAUUUUAUUGAUUGUUCUUGGCGUGUACAAUCAGAACAAGUCCAGCCGCAAAUUAGGUUAAUAGCAUUGACUAAAGCUGGUGUGUUGUCUGGGAAUGCACAGAUUCAAGCGAUCCAACACGAGCAGACAAAAUUUCUAGAAAUGCUCGAAUCGAACCUGAAUAAACGCUUCUCGCGAGCGCGACAGCUACACCAAGAAACAACGGCAAGAUUAAAUAAGUCUCUCGAUGAAGUGAUGACAGUUCAGGAUAGGGUAAAUCGAGCUACAUUGGAGUUAAAGAGCCUGCAGCUAGCGCAGAUUGAGCAAGCGGCUGCUCUGAAAGCCGCGAGUGCUCAAAUAUCCGAUGAUUCGAUAGUUACGGAGAUAAGGCGGAAAGUACGAAGCCUUGCUAACGAAAGUCGACAAUUGGGUGUGAGGCUGCAAGUCUUACAAGACUACUGGACCCACAAGCAACUACACGACACUGAAACUGGCCGUGACUGCUCUCAUACUUCAAAAUGA